UACGACAGUAUCUUGCAAUUGUAAAAUGUUUGAAUUUAGUGGAAUGGUGUGCUCGCAUGUGCUUAAGGUGCUUUUGCAUCUUGAUAUCUUGGAAAUACCCUCUGAAUAUAUUUUAAAGAGAUGGACAAAGUCAGCUAAGGAAGAAAGUUUUGAUACGCACCAAUGUCUUAGCAUUGAAUCGUCAAAUUCCUCCACAAAGACUCUAAUGUUUAAUAGUUUGUCUCGAAAAAUAAUGAAAUUGGUUGCAGAAGGUUCCACAUGUAUUGAGUUGUAUAAUUUGGCAAAUAAAAAAAAUAGAUCAAGUUGUGGGAGAAUUAGUAGCGGCAAAAAUGCACUUACAAGAGAAUAAAUCGAUGCAUGAUGACAUGACACAAAUCCAAGGUUCUGCAUGUUCUCAAGCACAAGAAAGUAUUAUUGAUAAUAAUUGUAUGGUGAGAGCUCCUCCUAUUUCAAAUUGCAAAGGAAAAAGAAAGAUGCAACGUUUCAAGCCUCCUUCAGAGUUGAAAGCUAAGAAGCAAAGAACUUGUGGGAAAUGCCAUGGGAAAGGUCACAAUAGUCGAACUUGCAAGGCCCAAGCAACAAGUCAAGUAGGAAGCAUCAAUGAGGAAGAAGAGGAAGAUCUGGAAGACCAAGAAGAAGAUGAUGAAGAUGUUGAAGAAUAUUACUACUAAUAACCCAUUCUAAUCUUUCUUUUGUUUGUCAAUGUUCUUUCGAAGCUAUUUGGAUAUGUGAA